CUCGCAGGCGACGCGACUCGGCAACUCCAGCCAUGGCGGACCGCGUCCACCCCGCGCCACUGCUGCCACUCUCCACCCCACCUGCCCCGCCGACUGACAACAGAGACGCGGCCGCGGAGAACGCGCCGCUGCGCUCCACAGCGGCGGCGCCGGGCGCGUCGUACGUCGUGCAUGUGCCCAAGGACCAGGUGCUCCGGGUCCCGCUCCCGCCCCCGGACCGCAAGCUCGCCGCGCGGACGGCCCGGCGCCGCAUGCUCCGCCGCGCCUGCUGCGGCGCGUGCUGCGCGCUCCUCCUCCUGCUCGUCCUCGCCGCGGCGUUCGUCGGCGCCGUCUACCUCGUCCUCCGCCCUAGGGCGCCCUCCUUCUCCGUCACAUCCCUCUCCGUCGCCGGCCUCCUCGACCCCUCCCCCGCGCAGCUCGACGCCGCCGUGCGCGCGGACAACGGCGCCAACAGGAAGGUCGGCGUGGACUACCGCGGCGGCGGCGAGGUCAGCGUCUCCUACUCCGGCGUCCUCCUCGCGACGGGCCGCUGGCCGGCCUUCUACCAGGCGCCGAGGAACGUGACGCUGAUCUCGAUGCCGCUCACCGGGAGGGACGGCGUGGCCCUCACGGACGAUCAGAGGGGGCGGCUGGCGGAGCAGGCCGCGGCGGGCGCCGUGCCGCUGACGGUGGAGGCGCGGGUGCCGGUGCGGGUGAGGCUCGGGAAGGUGCUGCGGACGUGGACCGUGGACGUGUGGGCGCGGUGCGAGGUCACGGUGGACAGGAUCGACGGCGAGACGACGGCCGCCAACAGGGGGUGCAGGGUCAAGGCCAAGCCGCUCUGGUGGUGGUGGUGA